UUUUUUAAUCACCGCGUAUCCAAGUAGCCUAAUAGCAUACAUCACCAAAUAUCAGCACGUCCACUGCUGCUACCUGGAGUAGUUGCUAUGUGAUAGUAGGGCAAGGACAGGAAGUUAAAAUGAAAACUGGCUUCUUGUUCCCUGACAUCAAUUUUACAACAGGCGCUCCGUAGAUUCACUAACCACUACAACAUAUGGAUGCACUCAUCUCUCAGUCUGUGUACUAUUACCCCAUCCAUAUGAUAUCAACAUCAGUUGGGGUCCGCAGCUCCAGCUACGAACCGAUUCUCGUGAGAAAAAAGGAUUUCUGCAGCUUGUAUUUUUCGUCUUGACUUUUUUCUCAAGCCUCUUGAGUUGACUUAAUAUGAACAUUUGCGUGCAAUCAAACUACGUGCGUUAAAUGUUUGUCGGUUAAUUCCCUCGAAGACCCAGGUGUAAAUUGGAACAUUGUUAUCCUUUUCUACCAGCUUGUCCAAACGAGCAACACCAUUUAGCGAAUGGCAUGUUUGUUUGGUAGGUGAAGAUGAACGCAGUGCAACUGACUAGCAUUUCAAACUAAAAUUACAAAACGACAACAAAGGAAGGAAUGGAAAAUACGAAUGAACGAUAUACACACGGGAAGGUAAUUCUGGGGCAAAGUUAUUUUUUUCCAGUGCUCCCACGAAGUCAUGCAGAGACUUGCACCGAUUCAAAAAGACAUCAACCAUGAAGGAACACAUCCACAUCCGUCGCCCGUUUUCAGAUGUUGGCGGUGGUGUUCCAUUCUGAGCUCGCUAACGAGAUGUACUAUUCCUCUCUACACCUUUUAACAGCUACCCUUUGGUAAAAAGUGAUGGAAUGGUUUAAUGUCUUCAAGAUGACAUAGAGACCGUCCGAAAGCUCUACUGCAGAUGCUCAGAAAAUAAUUUCCAGGAUGACAAAAGAAUUGCCUGGCCAUUUCGAAUGAUGGAGAGAACGGUAACGACAGAGCCUGUGAUUAAAUGGAUUUCCAUUCGAUUCGCUGUGUUUUGUGUCGCCUGUGUCCUCACUGUUCAAAGGACAGGAUCCACCGCGGUUCUGCUGGCUGCCUGCAGUGGGAAGGUAGAGCUGCACACAGAGAGGAGGGGUGUCAUCUACAGCCCGUCCUGGCCACUCAACUACCCCCCAGGAAUGAACUGCAGCUGGGACAUCCAGGGCGAUAAGGGUGAUGUCAUCACUAUCAGCUUUCGAAACUUUGACCUUGAGGAGUCUGGGAAGUGUGCGGGAGACUGGCUGAUGCUGGGGCCCACGUGGAGGGAGGAGUACCGGGUGUGCGGCUCCCUCCUGCCCCCGCCCUUCAUCUCCUCGCGGGGCAGGGUCUGGCUCUACUUCCACUCCCAGGCCAACAGCUCCGGGCUGGCCCAGGGCUUCCGCCUGUCCUACAUCCGGGGCAGACUGGGCCAGAGCAGCUGCCAGAACGAGGAGUUCCUGUGUGGGAACGGGAAGUGCCUCCCGAGGGCCUGGCGCUGCAACGGCCUGGACGAGUGCGGCGACAGCACGGACGAGAAGAGCUGCGCCCCCCCGCCCACCGAGGCCCGGCCCAGCCUGUGCCCGCCCGCCACCUUCCAGUGCACGCAGGCGCAGUCCACCCAGUGCCUGCCCAACACGCUGCGCUGCGACGGGGCCCGCGACUGCGCCGACGGCUCGGACGAGGCCGGCUGCCCCGACACGUCCUGCGGCAAGCGCCUGGCCAACUUCUACGGCUCCUUCGCCUCGCCGGACUUCUUCCGGCCCGACCGCGGCGCCGCCGCCGACCUGCGCUGCUCCUGGCUGCUGGACACGCAGGACCCCAAGCGCAUCGUCCUGCAGCUGGACCUGCAGCUGGGGCCCGGCGACUCGGUGCGCGUGUACGACGGGGCGGGCGAGCGGGCCGACCGCCUGCUGCAGGCCUUCUCCCACCGCAACAACCGGCGGCCCGCCGUGGUGGAGUCCAGCCGCGGCCAGAUGACCGUGCUGUACCACGCCCGGCCCCGCGGCGCCGGCCACGGCUUCAACGCCUCCUACCAGGUCAAGGGCUACUGCUUCCCCGGGGAGCGGCCCUGCGGCAGCGACCAGGGCUGCUUCUCCGAGCGCCAGCGCUGCGACGGCUACUGGCACUGCCCGUCGGGCAAGGACGAGGAGGACUGCCCCGUCUGCCCGGCGGGGGAGUACCCGUGCGAGGGCGCCAGCGGGGCCUGCUACCCGGCCUCCGAGCGCUGCAACAACCAGAAGAAGUGCCCGGAGGGCUCCGACGAGAAGAACUGCUUCAACUGCCAGCCGGGCAACUUCCACUGCGGCACCAACCUGUGCAUCUUCGAGACGUGGCGCUGCGACGGGCAGGAGGACUGCCAGGACGGCAGCGACGAGCGCGACUGCCUGGUGGCGGUGCCCCGCAAGGUCAUCACGGCGGCGCUGAUCGGCAGCCUGGUGUGCGGCCUGCUGCUGGUCAUCGCCCUGGGCUGCGCCUUCAAGCUCUACUCCCUCCGCACGCGCGAGUACAGGGCCUUUGAAACCCAGAUGACGCGAUUGGAGGCGGAGUUUGUGAGGAGAGAGGCUCCGCCCUCCUACGGUCAGCUCAUCGCUCAGGGCCUCAUCCCGCCCGUGGAGGAUUUCCCGGUCUACAACCCGUCUCAGGCCUCCAUGCUCCAGAACAUCCGCACCGCCAUGCGCCGACAGAUCCGCCGCCACUCCACCCGCCGGGCCUCGUCCCGCCGCCGCCUGGGGCGCCUCUGGAGCCGCCUCUUCCACCGCGGGACCCGGCUCCGGGGCCAGAUCCCGCUGCUGACGCCCCCGGGGGCCAGCCACCCCUCCCUGACGCGCUCGCACAGCUACCAGGCCGUGGGCGGGGCGGGGUCCGGCGCGGGGCUGACGCCCUCCCCCUGCUCCUCCGCCGCCGCCCUGGGGCUGGCCCUGCAGGCGCACGCGGACGCCCUUUACCGGCCCCCCACAGAGUCCCCGCCCACCCCCCUGUCCCCGCCCACCCCUUCCUCGCCCCUCUCCGCCUCAGACAGUCCAGAGGAGGAGGAAGAGGAGGAGGAGGAGGAGGAGGAGGAGGGGGGGUCGGGAGUGGGCUCUCCUGAGGCGCCAGGGGGCAGGGCCUCCCGCAGCGGCUGCCCGCCCUCGGGUCUGACGGACACGCCGGGCACCGGCAGACAGCGGGGCGCCGCGCCGCCCGAGAACUCCAGCGAGGCCUACGGCCGCAGGGCGUCCCGGAAGCUGGUGCGGGGGCUGGCCGCCAACCUGGCCCUGCGGCGGUACGCCCCCCUGGGCGCGUCCCCCAGCCCGGACCCCCUCCGAGUGCCCUCCACCCCCACUGAGGGACACGCCCCCGCCCCGUCCUGGGACCCGGGGCCCUCAGGGACACAGGGAGCUGAUCAGAUGUGCCAGUCUGUGGAAUUGCCAAUCGGGGAGGAGCAGGAGCAGGAGCAGCCCUGCUGUGGGAGCGACGGGGACGAUGACGAGACCCUUCUCGUGUGCUGAGCCAGCGAGCCGCCCACUCUCUCUCUCUCUCCUCUCCUCUCCUCUCCCUCGCGCCAUCAGGAGGCGUUCGCUGGGCCUUCGCUGUCAGGAAAAUAACCUCACCGCUCCGCUUUUUUCUCUCCCCCUCCAUCCCCUCUGCCACAGACCGGUUCCCUGGCUGCGUCAAAGCUGCCAGUCAGCCGGACAGCACAAUUUAGUACCGAGGUGCGGAGACCAAUUCACCAAUUCACAGCAAACGCUAACAGCAGGCUUUUAAAAAAUUCCUUCUAAUCUUUCCCAGGCCUGACCUUUCACCCCAAGCCCUUCCGCUCCCCUUCAUUGCUGCAGCCCCAGUUGGCUCUGGUACGGACGGGGUCAUGUGACAUAUCAGCAGGCGAACGUGCCGCUGUCGAAUUGUGGGGCCCCCCCAAAAAAAGCACUUUCUCUCCCCCUGCCUUACAAGAGAUCGAAAAACCAGCUUCAAGAAAGGACCAGUUCCUGCCGAAGUGACUAUCCUGUGACUUUACUUGCUUUUUUUUUGAUGUUGUUUUUUUUUCCAGUUAUUUUUUUGCCAUUUAAAAAAACGUAGAUGGGCUCACCAUCUUAAUGUCUGUGGAACUAAAGGGAUGAACUGAAAGGAAAUUUCAAUCUUGUUUUGUCGUCGCCGUCGUCGUCGUUGUUGUUUUUGUCGUUGCUUUAAUCCCGCAGUUAUCGCCGUUGCCUCUGGAGAUUCUGGGAGAGACGCUCGCAAAAAGGAGCUCCCGCGUCGGCCAAUCGGUGAGGAGGUUCGAACUCAGGAGAAAAGCGGAGGAUCGUUAGGCAGCUUGAACGGAGAGGCCCUGUCUGAAUGGCUUCUUUCAGCCGCGCGGAUCUGUUUACUCCGUGGCGGUUUCAGCCCGACCCUUUUAACGGAAACUCAGACCUCAGGG